AUGGCUACACGUCCUGCUCCUCCUUUACCUGGACAAGGAGGUGGUAGUAGUAGCAGUGGUGGUGGUGGUGGUGGCAGGAGACAUAACUCGAUACCACCUCAGUCAAUGGCACCUCACUUACAAUACGGCCAUGGAAGUGGACAGGGGAAUAUGCAGGGACAGCAGCAGCAGUUCAAACAGAGGGCUAAACCGAGAGUGGGACAGUAUGAGAUUGAGAGGACGUUGGGGACGGGUAGUUUCGGUAAAGUCAAACUGGCAACUCAUGCGAUAACGGGUCAUCAAGUGGCAUUGAAACUCAUCAAUCGAGCCAAAAUAACAACUCCAGAUAUGAAUGCCAGAGUCAAGAGAGAGAUUCAAUAUCUAAAAGUAUUGAGACAUCCUCAUAUCAUCAAGCUAUACGAAGUGAUCACUACUCCCACCGAUGUAAUCAUGGUCAUGGAAUAUGCAGGUGAAGAGCUCUUCAAUUAUAUAGUAUCAAAAGGUAAACAUGGGAUGUCAGAAGAAGAAGCUCGUCGUUUCUUUCAACAGAUGAUAUCAGCUAUAGAAUACUGUCAUAGACAUCAUAUCGUACAUCGUGAUCUAAAACCUGAAAACUUAUUCCUUGACUCGAGACGCAAUAUCAAAAUCGGUGAUUUCGGUCUAUCAAAUUUGAUGACUGAUGGUGAUUUCUUGAAAACAAGUUGUGGAAGUCCAAACUAUGCUGCACCUGAAGUCAUCUCUGGAAAACUAUAUUCAGGUCCUGAAAUCGAUGUUUGGUCUGCAGGUGUAAUCAUGUACGUCUUACUAUGUGGGAAACUACCUUUCGACGAUGAACAUAUUCCAACUCUAUUCAAGAAGAUUGAGAAUGGAGUAUUCCACAUACCUUCGCAUGUAUCUGAACCCGCACGACAUCUGCUCAAGAGGAUGUUGGAAGUCGAUCCGUUGAAAAGAGCGACCAUAGCAGAAAUAAGGCAGAUGCCAUUCUUUCAAGAAAACCUACCACGUUACCUUGAACCAUUACCUGAAAUGGAACGUUACCCAGCAUUACCAAUGGAUGACAUGACAACUCUGUUACUUAUAAAUGAAGGUCAAGCGGAUCCCAAGAAAGUGGCAGAAUCAAAAGGGAUGAUGUUUACCGAAGAUUUAGGUAUAAUAGAUCCCGAUAUUGUUGGAGAAAUAUUAGAAAAAAUCACUACUUAUACUGAACCCAUGGUUUGGGAAGCAUUGCAAAGAGAUGGUGAUAAUCAAGUUAAAGUCGCUUAUCAAUUAGUUAGAGAUCAUAGAAGGAUUUUAAAAGAUUCCGCUUACGGAUUUGAAGAUGAAGACAUGUCUGCAAUGGAGGAGUUCAUGGCGUCUUCUCCUCCAGCCUGGAAUGCAGAUAUCCCACCGCCUUCCCAAAUGUCACACAAUGGUGCAGAUGAACACCCAGAUAUUGACGAAGAUGUUGAUCUAGAAAUCCAAGAUAUACCAAAUGCUCAUUUCGAUGUUUUAGAUAGUAGUUUACCUGGCUAUUUGACUCCUCCGGGAUCGGCAGGACCAUCGACGGCAGCCGCUACGCCUACAGCUGAAGUUCCUGAAGAUGACUCACAGCAAACAGCAGAAGCAGCUGCUCGAGCUCUACUAUCUUCUCAAGUGAAUAUACCUGAACCACCCAGGAACAAAUCAAUGACAAAACCAAAAUGGCACUUCGGAAUAAGAUCGAGAUCGCCCCCGAUGGAAGUGAUGUUGGAGAUAUACAAAACAUUGAACGUACUAGGUAUGCAAUGGAGAAAGAAGGAGGCGAUUGAAUUACCUGAAAUUGGAGGUGCACCUCCAGGAGGAUAUACAGAAGAAGUCGAAGUUGCCCUCGAUCAAUACACUGAAACGAAUAACGGAACAAGGCCUAUAAUGGGUAAAAAACCACCUACGAAAAAAGAAAUGCAAGCUCAAGAUAAACAAGCACAAAAUCUAUAUCAUGUUGAAACGAGGGCGAGGUAUGGUGAUGUUAUUGUUCGGAUGGAUCUUCAAUUAUAUCGAGUGGACGAACAACAUUACUUGGUUGAUUUCCGUAAUUUAGGAUAUUACAUGGUGACUGAAAAAGAGAAAGACGUACCUGACGUAUCAAGAUACGAUGGAGAUAUGGCAUCAAUGUUAUCUGGACAGAUAGGAACGAUGUCAUCCGCCUCAAGCACAGCCAAUGGUACACCAUCACUUCUGCCUACAGGUCCAGGAUCCAAGCUCAAGGAGAAUGGUGGCGGUGGUGCUCAAGGUCAACAAAGUAUCGGAGGUGUUUCGGGGCCAUUCCAUUUCUUGGAAAUGGCUUGUCAAUUAAUAGCUGAAUUAGCUAGUGGAUGA